GCUGCAGCCUCCAUGCCCAUUGCCCACCGAGGCAAACAGUUGAUUUGGUCAUCAACUUUCUUGAUCUGCCUCAACAGCUGUAAGGCUAAACUUGUAGUCCCUCAGUUGUGCAUGCAGCCGCUCAUGGUGAGAAGGGAAGAGGGGACUUGAAACUAGGACAGGAGCAGUCUGGCCCCUUUCCCUUCGAACCAGAGGCACAGAUUUGCGACAGGGGGAGAGAAGACACUGGUCUUAGGCAGAGAGGAGACUUUCUGGGACGCUUGCUGCGGUCACUGAGAAGAGAAGCCCCUGGGACACAGACCAGUGUCCACAUUGCAGAACAAUUUGAUAAGUUUUUCCCCUUUUUUUUCAUAUAUCGAGGGACGAAUAUUCACUGAACAGAAAUCUCACCACCUGGAAACAUGCACAAGCGCACAAAGAUAAAGAUUGCCAUCUUCGUGCUCCUGGUGGGUAUGGCCUGCACGUUCACAGCGGUGGUAACGGACCACUGGGCCGUGCUCAGCCCGCGGGUGGAGAGAGUCAAUGAGACCUGUGAGGCGGCCCACUUUGGCCUGUGGAGACUGUGCAAGAAGCACAUUUACAUGAGCUCCGAAAACAACGUGGAACAAGGCUGCGGACCCAUCAGCCUGCCUGGAGAGGAAAACUGCACUUACUUCGGACACUUCACUCCGGGGCAGGACAGUGAGAUAUUUGAGUACAAAACCCAAAAAGAGUACAACAUCUCGGCUGCAGCCAUCUCCAUCUUCAGUCUGGCCUUCAUGAUCCUGGGCUCUUUGUGUUUACUCGGGUCAUGCACUGGUAAAGGCAAAGGCAGAGACUACCUCCUCAAACCUGCCGGCAUGUUCUUUGCGUUCGCAGGCCUCUGCCUCUUCAUCUCACUGGAGGUGAUGCGUCAGUCAGUGAAGCGAAUGAUCGAGAGCGAGGACACGAUCUGGAUCGAGUACUACUACGCCUGGUCCUUCGCGUGCGCCUGCGCCGGCUUCGUCCUCCUCUUCCUCACCGGCAUCGCCCUCCUCCUCCUCUCCAUGCCCCAGAUGCCCCAGAACCCGUGGGAGACGUGCAUGGACGCUGAGCCGGACCAGGUGGAGUGACGGCCGCACGGACAGACGAAUGCGGGACGAUCUUUCUUUUUGUUUUGAGUACAGAUGUUGGAUUCAUUUUGAGAACAAGAGCUGGCAGCCAUGAAGCCGUGAUGACAGAGACUCGACAUUAGCCAUCGUGGGAAGUUGACCUCCCAAGAAUUAUAACAUAUAUACAUAUAAUAUAUGUACAUAUAACAAUAAUAAUAAUGGAGUUUUGAAUGCUUGCGCUAAAGCAUGUAUGUGUCCAAUACACAGGUCCUGUCCAACACCAGCGAAGCUCUCGUCUCCUGUUGGAGACCAGAGCUCAGAUUAGACCUGUGGUUACUUCAUCAGAUCUGGGCCAAAUUGUAUUAACAAAUAUCUGAAAACACUUUAAGUAUGCUUCCCUUUCCACUCAUAUCAUCUGCAUAUGUAUUUUUAUUUUUUAUUACUAAUCAAUUACAACUCAAUGCCAUGAGUCCAUGGUCCUGUUUGGUCCCAUUGUCACUGUCACGCACACUUUAGCCAGAAAGACGAUACGAUUUUGAGAACAUAGUUAAAACAGUUAUGGCCUGACAACAAUGAUACUUGAGUUUGCAUGUAUUUACUGCAUUAUGUAUGAUAUCCUGUACAUAUCUUCUGCUGCUGAUCGUUGUAUGGCGUCGCUCGUGUGAUCUCUCACUUACAGUAAGAAAGACAAGUCUGCAGCACACGUCAAGUGGAAUAUUAAGCAAAGCAGUAACACAGGGCAGGUUUGUGUGUGUGUGUGUGUGUGUGUGUGUGUGUGUGUGUGUGUGUGUGUGUGUGUGUGUGUGGCAGGCUGAAUGCUAAACACCCACACAGUCACAGUACAGCACUGAUCACGCUGGAAAAGGUUCACUUCUAGCAGGUGCACGUAUCAGCCCUUUUACUUUUUGUUGACAGCUUUAACUGUCUAAUGUGCAGACAGUUGGAAACAUGCAAUCACAGUGUCAGCUUAGCUUCAUUCAAGUGACAGGAAGACACGUCACUUUGUUUCAGAAUCGACUGCGAUCACAAAUCACACAAACAAAUAUGACACAACUCUAUUAUUCAGCUGCGAGUAGAUCAAUGCAACUUGAAGUGCUGGAGUUUCUCAAACAAAUGUCGCAAAUUAAGUGGAAUAUUAUUAAACUUGGAGAGCACAUCCCUCAACCGUUCCUCUGCCAUACCUCCUCCAAGGCUAGUGCCCUAUUGUACCAUGUUAAAGAAGGUAAAAAAAGGUUAAUGGCUUCUUCUUUGGAUUCUCAAGGUAAUCGGUUUUAGCAGUUUUUGUGUAACCCUGCUGACAUACCGACAGACAGCAAUGAAAACACAACAACCUUGGUGGGUGUAACUACAAUUGCCAAAGAAAGUGGACUUGUUGUUUUGAAUGCAUUUUAUAUAACGUUACACAGUAUGAAUGACGAUGCUGUUAAGUCGCAGCUUCGCAAACUCAACAAUGAGAAAGGUGAGAAUGUGAAAUCAUUCAGGAGGCGGACAAAACGAAAAAUGAAAAGUACAGCGCAUACCUCCACCAAGGCCCAACAGUCGCCUUCAAUUCAAUCAAGCUGCACCACACUCACAGAUAAAUAUUCUUUGAUUUGGGGAAAUUGUUGAAAAUGUCAAAGUGACUUUUGUCACAAUGUUAAAAUAGGUGAAAACAAAGUCCUGAAUGUGCCCCUUUGUCUGGACCGACACCAAAUUUGAAUGGUUCUCUCUUGGCCCAUGUCUCACCCUGCCACAAAGUUGUGUAGAACUCUGUUAAGUAAUCCUGCUCACAGACAAACAAACCAUGGACUGAGGCGAAAACAAAAACACAACCUUUAAAUUCAUGCUCCUCGUGUUUGUCCCCAUGUGAUCUCUUGCUGUCCUGUCAGUCUCUAAACCAGACCAUUUAUUUUUACUCUACUUGGUAUCUCCAGUGACAUAACUGCUAUCAUGCUGUCCAUGUAUAUGUAAGUGAGCAUACAGGAGUUAAUGUAUUUGACCUUUCUGCGGAGGUGUCACAGUGAAUAGUCUCACUGUCAGCUGUUUAUCUGUUAGUGAGAGCUGCUUUCUAAAUGUGUUUCUUUCAUUUCACUUUAACUUUUCUAAUAUUCUUCACUGACAAAAAGAGUGAACUGCUCAAAGAAAACAAAGAAAACAAAGAAAAAAAUCAAACACGCUUAGUAAAACUAAUGAAACCUGCUGAUAUGAGCUUUCUAUAUUCUUAGUCUUUCUUAUGUUUUGGACUUUUUCAUUGAACAUAGCAUGCAAUCAAGCGAGUUGUAACUAUAAGAGCUAAUGUGUGGAGUGUUCUUUAAUGAAAAUUAAAAGUUGAUGAGCUUUGGAAAA